AUGGUGGUAGAGCAAGAAGCUGUUGCAGAAACAGGGGGGGCUACAGUUACAGGGGGAACAUUUCUUCUUCUUCUUCUUCUUCUUCUUCUUCUUCUUCUUCUUCUUCUUCUUCUUCUUCUUCUGUCUCUGCAGUUUUCUGCAGACAGAGUAAUGGAAGAAGAUUGUGGCGCUUUUGCAGCAGAUUGUAUUGUUCUGUCCUGCUGCUGCGAAUGCCUUGUCUUACAAGUUAUCAUCUUCAUCUUCCUCAAGAUUCCUCGUAAACUAGCCCGGAAGAUGAAGAUGUACGUGAGGAAGAGAUUACGGAAGGGGAAGAGAAGAGACGAAAAGAUCUUUGGACCUGCAAUUGAGAAGUACAAGGAAGAUGAAUUUCUCAACGAUGGGUUCACUUCAGAUGAAAACCCAAGAUUCAGAUGCAUGGAAGAGAUUGAACAAAUGUUGCAGGAACUCUCCAUGAAUGGAGAGUUUGUGUUUGGAAGCUUCUGGGGACAGAGAUCUUUUCCAGACACUAACAGUUUCAGUGUCUUACGGUGUGAAAUAACAAAAACAGAGACCACUUCCCGCUCCUGCACAUCCCACGAGCUCUGUCAUAGAAUCAAGAACCAUAAGGAACACAGAUUGAAGGGUUUUUCUUUAUUUGAAGUAUCAGAGCACAAGAAACCACUUUGAUUGUAAUCUCUGAGAAAAACAACAAAAGAAAGAGAAAAUUUUCUUUCUCUACUGUAUUGUAUCUGAUUUACAAUCUUCCGCCAUUACCCUAAAGCGGUUUUGCUAAUAAAAUCAGAUGUUCUCUCCA